AUGGGCUUUUACAGUCAGAUUCUCAUGAAAGAUAUAACAUGCUCAGUCUUCUACCAGAAGUCAUCUAACUCUAAUCCACUUUUAUUUAUUUCAGGUUGCUUGCUGGUAAACAAACAAUGGGCAACAGCCAGUGCUCUUCCAAAACCAGUCCUCAAAUUAGUUACUCAGCAUCCAAAAGGCAUCAUUGUGAAAGGUGACAAUAUUACGUGGAAAUGUCUAAAAGGAUCAGAGGAGGCAAAUGAGUUUAAUUUGGUGCAUAACAAAGAAAGUGGAGGUAACGAAACUUAUAACAGCCGCGGCACCCAACUUCUGGUUACGGACAUUCAUGCUGCAAACAAUGGAGACUACUUCUGCAAAUACUGUGAUAAAAGUGCCUGUUCUGAGCCCAGCAAUUCUAGGAACAUUUAUGUUCGUGAAACUUUCCCAAGGCCAGAAAUUUUUGUUAUUCCGCGUAGAGCUGUCCAGCCAGGAGCCACCAUCACAAUCACCUGUCGUACUUACUAUUCUGAUGUUGAAUUUUCCCUGCAAAAAAAUGAUGAGAUUGUUACACAUGGCCAUAGUGGAAAUUCGUUUUCAUAUGUGAUAAGUAAUGCUCAACAAAAUAGUGCGGGAUACUAUUCAUGUAUGUACCAGAGCAAAAGCAAAGGCAUACAAUCUGACAAAAGCAAUCCUAUGAAGAUAUCAGUAAUAGAACUACCAGCUCCUUCUAUAACCUGGGAAGAAGAUCCUAGUGAUAGUACAAUCUUGAGAAUCAACUGCACCGCAACUGACCAUACAUACAAUCAAUUCUUCUUUGUGCUCCUGGAUGGCAGUAAAGUCAUUGAAGAUGACAUUCCAGCAAGUAGUGUGAACUUUUCCGUUGCCAAACCUAUGUACACUAUGAAAAGAUAUUAGUGUAUGUAUCGCGUAAAACUUGAUUCGGAUUAUGCAGAUUCACUUUACAGCAUUGUAAAUAUAGGGUCAAAUGGAUUCAAAACAGUGAUGUUUAUCCGACAUAUUCUAUCGGCAUUGACUCUGAUACUGAUGGGUAUCUUUCUAUUACUCCAGUUUAAAAACAAAGAUGAGACACGGCCGGACCUGCCACUUGCUCGAGUCAUAUAUAGAAAAGAAGAGGAAGAGACUGGGGUGAAGUGGUGAUAAAUAAGAGCAGGCGCUGCAACACAAGAUCCCUCAGAACUGCUUUAAGAUCCAUAUAAUGUCAACGCUUCUUAGUACAAAUGACAAGCAAAAGCAGCAUGUGAGAUUGGGGAAAGGCUAUCAGCAAUAAGACCAUUAAAAAUUAUUCUAUUAGGUCAUAUAUGUGGUAAUUUGUUGCACAUCAGCAUCAUUUUAUUAUAUUAUGGCAUGCUUCUAGCUAUAUAAAGCUUCUAGGGCAUUCCAGGGAAUCUAUCUUAAGUGUUUUCUCUAGGUCUGUGUUCUGUGGAUUGGCGGAAAGGUUGGAUUUAUAUCCUUCGAUACAGGAUUUCUGUAUAGUCCUCAGUCAGUUUAAAUGUUCUUAUCAACCUAAUUACUGAAGCAUAAAAUAUUAUGUUAAAUGCACGCUGGGUGAGAAUGGCAAGAGAUAUGAAUCUGGUGUGAAUUCUUACUAUUUGACUGCUUCACAAUUUGAGUUUGUGCUUACAGGAGAUCAAAUAAAUAGUCAUAGUGUUGUUUAGUUAGUGUCCAGAUAGGAAGGAAUUUAUUUUCUAUUUUGAUGUGUAAUACACUUAAAAGUACCUGCACAGAUUUGCUGCAACUUUUUAUUUUUGGAUCAAAAAACAUAUGCUUGGACCGUGAAGCCUGUGAGGCAUCAUUGUCAUUUAAACUCCAUAUAUUCAGGUCCCAAUACUUUGUAUAUAGCCAUUA